AUGUACUGCCUGCGGUGGUGGAUCCCGCUCUUCCUCUUGCCAUUUCCCAAGACCUCGCCGUUGUUCCUGGUGCUCUUCCUCUUCUCGUUUGCGCUGCAUUCGCAACCAUGCAUGUACUGCGCCCUGAUACUCAUGGGUCUGUUCGGCACAUCAUCCAACUGGUACACAUCCGAUGCUAGCGCGAUCGUGUCUUUGUCAGCCAACUCGUCCGCAUCGGUGUCGCCGUCCAACACCACUUCAGCUCGAUCAAGCUACGGCUGGCUCGACCUGGGCUUCUCUGGCGGCAAUGGCUUCUUCAGUCCUCUGACUAGGCCGAUCAUCGGCUCAUCCGCGGACGUUGACUCACUGGCUUCGAGUCAGCAAUCGGACUUCUACCGUCUAUCAAUACCCUGGUCCGAGUCGCGGGUCGAGAUUCCCAAACGCUUCUUUGUCGGUCUCGGCAAGCACCAAGGCUUUGGUGUAUGGGUGGACCUGGGAAGUGGCCUCGACAUUACGACAGCGCCCCUUGCAACAAAGCAGUCCACCUCAAGCCAUGCAUAUUCAAUCCAGCAUACGGAGUUGUGA